AUGUCAAGCAAAAUAGCAUUGAAGAAGAAAGAUUUGGGUAAAUUCACCAUCCCUUACACCAUUGUGAUAGUUAAAUAUGCUAAAGCAUUGUGUGAUCUUUGCGCAAGAAUUAACUUUAUGCCAUUUUCCAUGUUUUGCAAGUUGGGUUUGCGUACUCCUAAGACUACCACCAUGAGAAUAUUGAUGGAUGAUAGCUCAAUAAAGAAACCGAUUGGGGUGUUAUAUAAUGUGUUGGUGAAAAUUGAUCAGUUUAUAUUUCUAGUUGACUUUGUUGUCCUUGAUUGUUCGAUUGAUCAUAAAGUUCCAACAAUUCUAGGUAGGCCAUUUUUAGCCAUCGAAAGAGAAGUAGACAAUGUUGAGUGUGGAGAGAUUAAAUUUUUGGUAAAUAACGAGGAGGUCACCUUCAAUGUAUGCAAGCCCAUGAAGAAACCUAUGGACUUGCUAGUGAUCUUGAUAAUUGAUGUCAUUGACGAGAAAAUGAUAAACAUAAUUUAG